UCGUAUAUCGGAAAAAGCCUCUUUCUCCCUUUAUCCACAUUCUGUUUCCUCCUUGGCCUGCGCUUAUCCAGUGCCCUGGGUUGCUCUUCUUCUUACAACAUCUGAACGCUUUUUUUACCACGUUCACCUGUUAAGCUCUCAGGACUCAGAGGCAGAAUAUAUAUUUAUAUAUAUACACAAGCAUAUGGCAAGAGUAAUCUUGGCCCCAAGUUUCAGCUCCUGCUCCUUUUCUAUUAAUACAAGCGGCAAGGAUUGCAGAAAAUCGAGCACCCCAAAUGGAGUACGUUACGGUAUAAAGGCGAUGCGGAUAGAGAAACCUUUGGAGGAAUUGUACAAUGUGAGGGUGGAGCGUAAAGUGGCGUCGGAGCGGCUGGCGGAGCUCGGGGUUUCGAGAUGGUCGAUGUGGAAGACCGGCAAGUGCACGUUGCCGUGGGAUUGGCAGGUGGACCAGCUGGUUUACAUUGAGGAAGGGGAAGUGAGAGUGGUGCCUGAAGGAAGCAAGCGUUACAUGCGGUUUGUGGCUGGAGAUCUCAUUCGGUAUCCCAAAUGGUUCGAGGCUGAUCUCUACUUCAAUGGUCCAUACCAAGAACGUUAUAGUUUCCGAGCUUAUGGUGAUGAUUAGGCUCCUGAAGGAUUUCAUACAUAUGAUAGGAAUCAGUUUUGCCAUUUCACAUUUCGUUUUCUGUGUUGCCCUCAAAGCAAAAGACCACCUAUAUGUUUUAUUGUAGUGGUAAGUUUACCAUUUAAGGUCAUAUCCGAAAGAAUUUCAAGUUAAUGAGUUUUGUCUUUUUUAUUGCUUCAAAUGACAAUCAAUUAUGCACGAGAUUUUCCCAA